CGCUCUCUCUCUCUCUCUCUCCCUCUCCCCUUCUCCUCCCUGUAGUGACAGUAGGCCGAGCGUGGCUGGGCGAAUCGCGGCCACGGGGGUUGAAUCCCGCCCAUCGCGCCCAUGCCGCCCAUUCGGCGAACCGGGUGCGGCAACAAGAAGGAGGGUGAGGGUUUUACGAUCGCGCAUCGCGUCGCGUUCUCUCCACGCCUGUGUGCGGCCCGCGGCAUCCCGGCCAAGCGCGCGUGGAGACGCGGGAGUUACGUUAUCAUAGCGAAAGGAUCCGGAGUGGACCACGACUCUCUCGUGCUUGUAUAUCAUGGUGCUCCUCUCGCGCGUCGCCGUCGCCUCUUCGCAUGGCGCUUAACCAUCAUCAACGGUGCGCUCGCGGUGUUUGAUAUAGCGAUUUCGUGGAUACAAUUCUCUCGCGGUUCCGUUGCGCGCGAUCGCACCCCUGUGACACGUCCCGUGCGAUGUCGCAGAAAAUUCGACGGCAUUCGUGAACGAUCGAGGGGGUUUUGUUAUUUCUGCGUACGUUGCAUUGACUACGAGUUUGCGGGAGAGCCUCUGUGCACGUCGAUACCUCGCGGAGAUCAUGAAGACGGAAGUCGAAGACACGACGAGCGGCGACGGUGCGUGCGACAGCAACGUCGGCGGUCCCAAUCUCGCUUGUCCCGAGGGCACCAGCGGACUAGUCGUCGGCCCGGAAACGUCGCCGGGCAUAAUGGAGUGCGGUGGAUGCGGCGAGCGAGUACGCGAACGGACCGUCCUCUGCGUGGGCGGACGUACGUGGCACUCCAGGUGCCUGAGGUGUUGCGCCUGUGCCAGGCCAUUGCACGAUCAGCACUCGUGCUUCCUGAGAGGCAUGCGGGUCUACUGCAGGCACGACUAUGCCCUAGCUUUCGGGGCGAAGUGCGCGAAAUGCGGGCGCAGCGUGGGCGCCGGUGACUGGGUGAGAAGGGCCAGGGAAAGGGUUUAUCAUCUGGCCUGCUUCGCGUGCGACGCUUGCUCGCGUCAGCUGUCGACCGGCGAGCAAUUCGCCCUCCUGGACGCCCGAUUGCUCUGCAAGGCGCACUACCUCGACGUCGUCGAGGGCAACAACACCUCCUCCGAUGGCGGUGACUCCGAGAGUGGCCACAAGGGCGGUAAUAAGGCGAAACGAGUUAGAACCACCUUUACUGAAGAACAGCUCUCCGUUCUCCAGGCGAAUUUUCAAUUGGACAGCAAUCCCGACGGGCAGGACCUCGAGAGGAUAGCGCACGUAACCGGACUUAGCAAGAGGGUAACGCAGGUGUGGUUCCAAAAUUCGAGGGCGAGGCAGAAGAAACAUCUUCACACGGGCAAGAUGAAGGGGCAGCACGCAUCGAAGGAUUGCAUUUUUGCAGUACAUCAAUCGCCUCCGAACUCAACCGCGUCGCCCAACGAUUUCGGUCGUCACAUCAACUUGCAUCUGACGUAUUCGUUUCAACAUCAGCAGCAGCAUCAGCAGCAACAGCAACCGCAGCUUAGUCCGGCCACGUGCAAAAGCCCAACGAGUUCUAUUUAUCAUAAUCAUGGGUCGGAGCAGUCGAUGGACGAGCUCUCGCAAGACUCGAUGCUGCUCUCUAUGCCGAAUGAGGUUUAAUGGCGAUUUCAAUUACAUUGUAAAUAUACAGCGUCGCUUCAAAAAGCGUCAAAGGUAGAGAGAGAAAGAAAGAGAUAUCACGCCUCGAGAGGAAGCACCGCUCAAUGACCGGUUGUCGUUUUAUUUAUUCUCAAGGAAAGUGGAAAUUUUCACUCGUCGCGCUGUUACUCUUCGAUGACGCAUUUUCGAGUUACGCUCGCAACACAUAUAUCUCGCGAUCUCGGUGUUAAAGUUACUGGAACCAGUAUUGUUACACGCGAAAAGGUGCAUACGUGCGUGCGUAUGUGUGUAUGUACGGAUGAGAGUGUGCACGUGUAACUUUGUGACUGCAAUUUUGAAUCGAUCUGUCUGCCUACCUCUUUCCCGAUUGUGUGUAAUGAUUUUGUACUCGUGCUUUCUCCUUCAUCUCUCUAUUCUUUCUCUCGUAUCUGUAUCGGUGCCUGAUACCAUCAGAAGGGACCGCUUUAACGAAGCCUUUAAACGAAGCGAAUCUAGGCGUGAAAGAGAGGCGAAUACGUAGGGCACUUAAUAGUUUAUUCGGAAAUAAUUCACGGAAAUGAGUCACUUGUCCCAUUAUAGCUAUUCGAAUUAAAGCCGAAAUAAUCCGGCUUUAAACAUGCUAAAUAAUUAAAGAGUCUCUAACAGUAAGUUUUUCUCUCUUUCUUAAUUUUAAAUAUAAUCAUAUUUAUGACGUUAAAUAAUGACAAGCUAAUCUGUAAUUAGAACAUUAAUAUUAUUAAUUAUAAUAUACACAUUAAUUAAUAUUAACAUAUUCAAAAUUAUACGAUAAAGAUUAACUUGCCAUUUAUUUAAAAUAUCAUAGAAAUUAUUAUAUUUAAGAUUAAAAAUUGAUUAUUUUAAUUUAUUAUUAUAUAUUAGUAAUUUUUGAAUUUUUAUUAAUAAUAUUUAAAAUUAGAAAAUCUAAUAUUUUUACUCGCAUUCGCUGUUAUUUGUUACUGCCCAUUUAAAACGAUAUUUUUUUCUGUGACUGAUCCGUGACUGUCUGUUGUAUAUUUUACUUGUUUUAUUUGCUUUCGUUUCAUACUUAUUGUUAGCGAGACAUGCGAAAGUCGAUUCCGUUUAUAUUUUGACAAGGAUUUAUAAUAACCCAAAGGCACAGACGAAGUUGUCAUCGGAAAUUCACAAUACUCUAAUUAGAAUCGCGAACAGUUAUAAUGUAUAAAAAGUGCCCUGAACACACGUCGUCGACGGAAUUUCGUUCGCGUCCCGUAGCAAUGCUUGAAAUGAAAGUAUCUUUCGUAGUAAUCUCGAUAGUCGUGUAAAAUCAUUCAAUAUGAAUGUCCUGUGAUGUAAAUAUUGUAAACUAAACGUAUAUAUAAAUAUAUGCGAUUGCACACGUUGAACAAAAAGAA